CAGAUGAGUAUGCCAUAAUUGUAACAGAGAAAUGAAUUAUCAGAAACUCAAGUAGAGCAACAUUGUUUUAAAUUAGUAAGUUCCCUUGAGAGUAAAAUGACAAACCACUGAAACAUAAUGAAGACACGCUGUGGUUAUAAUAGGCUAUGUAAGGUCAGUUAAUUCAAAUGUAGCCUAUAGCUUGUGUUAGUAAAUUAAAAUAGAACGAUUAUUAGGCUAUUCACUGAGUGAACAAAACAUUUCGGUACAUCUUCCUAAUAUUGAAUUGCACCUCCUUUUGCUAUAAGGGACCAUAGCUUUCAACUGGUCAGUCUCUCAUGGAAAGGGAAGGUGUUCCUAAUGUUUUGUACACUCAGUGUAUAACCCUGAGCUAAGAAAAUAACCCCAAAAGUUCAAAGUAGGCUACAGUUCGGGAUUUGGGAAGCUGUUCAAUAGUAUUGUAGUGACCUUAACACAACACCUAGUGACCUCGUCAAGAGGUUCGGCCUCGAAUUCGCUACAGUAUUUAUAAUUCUUGAUAUUUUCCCAUUGAUUCUUGAAGAAUAUAAUCCAUAAAUGCCUCACGAGUUUAGCACAAAACAGGGUCAGAACUAUGUCGACGUCAUGGAUCUAGUCAGUCCUUGCAUCUUGAGCGCUGGAUAUUCCCAAAUAAAUGUCACUUUUUAAUUGUCAUGUGAGGCUAUAGGCUACGCUGGAAAAAAUGUAAGGGAAAAAAUAUUCGUUUUUGUCAAAGAGACGUGUUCGGUGCUGAAGAAAUGUGUUACGGAAAUGAGCUAGAGGAAUUGUGUUGCAAUGCGCCUUGCCUUAACCCUUGAAAAAGAACACUCGCGCAGUCUGGUCAACAAUGAUGUGUGGCAUGACAGAAACAGUCCCCCUUUUCAUAUUGUUCAUCCAGUGAUUGGCCCACCAUCCCUUCCAUCAAUGAAUAUGAACGAGCUAUUCCAAGUAGUGUAUACAAAAAAUACGUCACUUCUACUCGUAGCCAAUUGCAGCCCUGUUUUAUUAUGACACCCUGGGAUUCCGCGAAUUUGUUUCUUGGAGUUGGGAACAGCUUCAUGCUGUAAAGUAGGACAAGUUGACGCAUUUGCGAGGAGAGAAAGAAGACAGCAGAACCUACAACACUAUUCCAGGACCGUAUUUAUUAUUUACAGGCUACAGAGAAGUAAAUCAAACAUAAAGAUAAUUAUCUAGUCAGUAGCCUAGUUACCAAAGAGCGUUUAUUUGAUCAGUUUCUGUAAAAUAGUAUUAUUUUGAGACACAAAGAAGACGCAUGUGGAACUGAAAACCACAUGUUUCCUGAAAUCUCUGUGAUGUGAAGAUAACCCACUUGAUAAAUUACAAGGAGCGUCAAUUUAUCAAAGGCGAAAAUAUCAGCAUCCGUUUAGGGAACAUAUUUUUGUUACCGGUUAAAUAAAUAAAGGCUUCGGCAAUGUCGGAGGUUGAUCUCGCUGCCGAGUGUUUAGUCUCCAUCGCAAACCGCCGCCCACCGGAGGACCGCUGUCCCGAUGCCAAACCGAAAGAAGACAUGUCGAAAGAGAACCAAGAAAAUAGGACUUUGUUAAUGGUGGCGAUGAUUUUGCUCGACCUGAACAAAUGUAACCAGAUAACACGCAGUGAGACAUGUGGUGGGGGUAGUAGAUGUCUGGGCCAAAGUGAUGCCAACAGCAUGGUUAACGAAUCCCUGUGUGGUCACAGGGUGAGCGGGGACACUGCAAGGGCGCCACAUUCCUCGACAGAAAAGCAGUCACGGAACAAGAAGGCUGUGAUUGUGCAUGUGUCCUCAGAGAAGAGACAUUGUUGCCCGUUCAGCGGCUGUGGGAAGAUGUAUGGCAAGUCUUCCCACCUUAAAGCCCACCUUAGAGUGCACACUGGUGAGAGGCCAUUCCAGUGUACCUGGCCAGACUGCACUAAGAGGUUUUCUCGUUCAGACGAGUUGACACGCCACUACCGAACACAUACGGGGGAGAAGCGCUUCACCUGCCCACUAUGUGACAAGUGUUUCAUGAGGAGUGAUCAUCUGACCAAACACGCCCGCCGCCACGCAGGCUUUCACCCCAGCAUGCUUCAGGGCCCCACAGUCAGAAGAAGCCGCUCCUCCACCUCCUUCUCCUCCUGCGACUCUGGAGACCAGAGCCCUACUGAGGUGUGAGACACACAGGCACAACCAAAAUACACUACAGGGAGGUGGAAGUAGGCUAGUUACUUUAUAUACCCAAUAACAAACACAAAUACAUUUUUUAGCAAAAUGUUAUGAAAAUGUUUUAUCUACUGUGGGCCCAGUGCCCGAUUGAACAUGACCCUGUUUGUUUUCUGUUUGGUAAUAACUGGCCUCUAGUGACCCCUAGUGGUAUGAGCAAUAUUAUCACUGGAAUGACAAAAGCGGUAUAAAUCGUCGAGCCAUUCACUUUCUUCGCAUAAUAUUUCAUUUCCUCUUUCUACAAGGAAUGCUGUACAUUAAGUACAUCAAGUAGCAGUGUAAUAAUAUAUGUGAAGUAUGUCCAAAACAAUUCUUUGGACAUAUAUUUUGUUUUUACACUACCAGACAAUGAGAGGCCUUAUGUAUUAAAGUGCUCCAUAAUGUAAUAGUAUAAAUCACCUUGGUAGUUGUGUGUGUGUGCUAGUAGUUGAUAUUGAAUUGCCUAAAUUAUGGUUAUGUUAUAACACAAAGCAGUGCAGUGACGGGUUACUUGUACAACUGAGAUAGGUGUCAAAUUGCCAACUGAAACUAUCCAAAUAGAAUGUAAAGUUGUGUGUUGCAGCUUAGAUUACUAUUACAACAUUUGCAGUAUUGCAACAUUUUUUGAACUUUGUACAUUAUUUUUGUAUUUGUAUAGGGGAUUGUGUAAUACUUUGUGCCUUUCAGAUUGAAUUCAUGCUCAGCAUUCUUGGACGUUUUGAAGUUGUUCUAAUUUUCUGAAAGUCUGAAGCUCCAUCUGUCAACCUGUGGAUAACUAAUUUAUAAUAGUAUUGCUCACUGUAAAUACCUGUGUAGUUAAUUAUGUCAGAUAUUUUUAACAUUAAAACAAUUCUUUGUACAUCA